CUUUGACCCGCGCCGCUUCCGGUUGGAGACGUGGCUCAGGGCCGCCAUCUUGGUAAGAAGCGAAGUGGCAGCGGCUCCUGUCAGGGGGGCAGCAGGUCCAGAGUGGCCGGUGCUCCCCUUCACCAGACCCUACCCUUAUCCCCAGUGAAGCCGGAGCGCGGGCGCGCCCCACCACCUCCCUCACCAUGGUGCUGUUGGCUGCAGCGGUCUGCACAAAAGCAGGAAAGGCCAUUGUUUCUCGCCAGUUUGUGGAAAUGACCCGAACUCGAAUUGAGGGCUUAUUAGCAGCUUUUCCAAAGCUCAUGAACACUGGAAAACAACAUACGUUUGUUGAAACAGAGAGUGUAAGAUAUGUCUACCAGCCUAUGGAGAAACUGUAUAUGGUGCUGAUCACUACCAAAAACAGCAACAUUUUAGAAGAUUUGGAGACCCUAAGGCUCUUCUCAAGAGUGAUCCCUGAAUACUGCCGAGCCUUAGAAGAGAAUGAAAUAUCUGAGCACUGUUUUGAUUUGAUUUUUGCUUUUGAUGAAAUUGUCGCCCUGGGCUACCGGGAGAAUGUUAACUUGGCACAGAUCAGAACCUUCACAGAAAUGGAUUCUCAUGAGGAGAAGGUGUUCAGAGCUGUCAGAGAGACUCAAGAACGUGAAGCUAAGGCUGAGAUGCGUCGUAAAGCAAAGGAAUUACAACAGGCCCGAAGAGAUGCUGAGAGACAGGGCAAAAAAGCACCAGGAUUUGGAGGAUUUGGCAGUUCUGCAGUAUCUGGAGGCAGCACAGCUGCUAUGAUCACAGAGACCAUUAUUGAAACUGAUAAACCAAAAGUGGCACCUGCACCAGCUAGGCCUUCAGGUCCCAGCAAGGCUUUGAAACUUGGAGCCAAAGGAAAGGAAGUAGAUAAUUUUGUGGACAAAUUGAAAUCUGAAGGUGAAACUAUCAUGUCCUCCAGUAUGGGCAAGCGCACUUCUGAAGCAACCAAAGUGCAUGCUCCACCCAUUAAUAUGGAAAGUGUACAUAUGAAGAUUGAAGAAAAGAUCACAUUAACCUGUGGACGAGAUGGAGGAUUACAGAAUAUGGAGUUGCAUGGCAUGAUCAUGCUUAGGAUCUCAGAUGACAAAUAUGGCCGAAUUCGUCUUCAUGUGGAAAAUGAAGAUAAGAAAGGGGUGCAGCUACAGACCCAUCCAAAUGUGGAUAAAAAACUUUUCACUGCAGAGUCUCUAAUUGGCCUGAAGAAUCCAGAGAAGUCAUUUCCAGUCAACAGUGACGUAGGGGUGCUAAAGUGGAGACUACAAACCACAGAGGAAUCUUUUAUUCCACUAACAAUUAAUUGCUGGCCCUCGGAGAGUGGAAAUGGCUGUGAUGUCAACAUAGAAUAUGAGCUACAAGAAGAUAAUUUAGAACUGAAUGACGUGAUUAUCACCAUCCCACUCCCGUCUGGUGUCGGCGCGCCUGUUAUUGGUGAGAUCGAUGGGGAGUAUCGACAUGACAGUCGACGAAAUACCCUGGAGUGGUGCCUGCCUGUGAUUGAUGCCAAAAAUAAGAGUGGCAGCCUGGAGUUUAGCAUUGCUGGGCAGCCCAAUGACUUCUUCCCUGUUCAAGUUUCCUUUGUCUCCAAGAAAAAUUACUGUAACAUACAGGUAUUCCAUUAUAGUUGA